GGAAUGGAAGACAACCGCACGCUUGUUACUGAUUUUGUUAUGGUGGGUUUCACAACAGAUCCACUUCUGCGUAUCAUCUUCUUUGUGCUAUUCCUAGCAUCAUAUAUUCUAACACUGACUGGAAAUGUGGGCCUGAUGACACUGAUCUACCUAGAUUCUCACUUGCACACACCCAUGUACUUCUUUGUGGGCAACCUUUCCUUCCUAGAUAUCUGGUAUUCCACUGUCUACACUCCACGGAUCUUGUCUGACUGUGUGUCCAAGAACAAGGCCAUAUCCCAUGCUGGCUGUGCUGCCCAGUUCUUCUUCUCUGCUGGCUUGGCCUACAGUGAGUGCUUCCUGCUGGCUGCCAUGGCAUAUGACCGCUACGUGGCCAUCUGCAACCCACUACUUUAUGCCACUGCCAUGCCCAGGAAGCUCUGCAUCCAGCUGGUGGUUGGGUCUUAUGUAGCUGGUUUUGCCAAUGCCAUUGUACAUACAGGCAACACCUUCCGCCUACAUUUCUGUGGGGACAACACUAUCAACCACUACUUUUGUGAUGUACCGCCACUCUUGAAGAUGGCCUGUGAGGAUACCCAAGUCUAUGAACUCAUCCUGGCAACAGUUGUUGGUUGCAGUGUGGUGGCAACUACUGCCCUCAUCCUGGGCUGCUAUGUGGGCAUAGUGGCAGUGGUCACACGUCUCCACUCUGCUGCUGGGAGGCGCAAGGCCUUCUCCACAUGCUCCGCCCACCUAGUCUCUGUUUCCCUUUUCUAUGGUUCCCUUCUCUUCAUGUAUUCCCGUCCCAGCUCCCAGCACACUCCAAAAUGGGACAAGGUGACUUCUCUGUUCUGCACGGUUGUCAACCCUCUGGUCAACCCCAUGGUUUACAGUUUGCGCAACAAUGACGUGAAGAUGGCCUUCAAGAAAGUCCUGGGGAGAUUCAAAACUCCCAAGUGA